AUGGACGCUAAAGGGAAAAGCAGGCUGUCAGUCUGGCUUUACAGGGGCUCUUUGGCGGUGCUUGUUUUGUUGUUUGUGGGGUUUUCGGUGGUGAUGCCAAUUGACGCAAUGGCACAAGCGUCGCGGUCUACUAACGACGCUCUCAACACUUUUAUUGUGGUGGGUGCGUUUGUAGCAUUCGGCGUGCUCAGCAUCAUCAUAGCCGCUGGUAGAGUUUUCGUUCAGCGCAGCUGUCUUCAAGAUAUUCCAAAAAGAUACCUACCACUAACACCAGAGGAUUUGCCUCAUCGUGGUAGCCGAGAACUUGUGUUGCGCCAAAUGGAUCGAUCGUAUGAGCUGGCUCAGAUCUUCAAAAGACCCACCGAAGCUGUGGUGCAUGACGGUCUCUCGAGGCCGAUCGAUGAAAGCGACAAAAACGACCACCCCAUACUGCCUCCUCUUCUCAACUAUGAGGACAGCAUCAAAAUUAUCACAAGCCGGCUUAAGUACCAAGGAGUGUUUUGUGGGCUUAUGGAGCUAGGGCCACCAAUUCGCUACACUUUCGCAGACGUCAUACACACUCUGUUCACACAGACUGGACAACACUCGUUGGAGGCGGCAGAAUACAUUGAAAUUUACGAACACAUUCGAUUUUCAGGUCAGGAAAUCACGUCCAUCCAAUUCUUACGAUUUAUGGAUCUAUCGCUUUUCCUCGUAAACGUUCUGCUGCGCAUACACCAGCAUGAGCAACCGGAAUCUGAGCUUCUCACACCUCAGCCAAACGACUUCGACAGUUCCAGCGAGAUCGACCUUUUAAACGUAAGGGAUCGAACCUCGGAAACUCACUACUUGACAACAACGAACACAAAUAGUACAGUGGCCAGAAGAGUGACAGCGAAAAACUCCGAGCAAGAAUUACGUCGCCUCCACGAUGCGCUACCUUCGGAAGCAGAAAGCUACGAGUCCGUAGUUCGAGGCCGUGGUGUCAGCAUCUAG